GAUACAUGAGAACGGUCGUCAGACGCGAGUCUGUUCGGUUGUGUGCCCGACCCGUUUACCGGCACCGGGUGGAUCCCGCCGCGCGUCCAUGCGCGGUGUAGCGGCGGCGCUGCUCGCGUGUGUGGUCGCGGUGCUCGUGCACAGGAGCGGCUGGACGGACAGAAGUUUCCGGUCUGCAGACACUCUGAAGUCUGUGUAUGAAGUGUUGGUGGGAGUUUUAUCAGCUCGGCAUCACUAUGAGCUCAGACAGGCCAUACGAGACACAUGGAUGGGAAAUGUUCAAACUCAUCCACUGUUCCAGGAUCGGGUAAUGGUGAGAUUCAUCAUCGGUGAACAUGGCUGUUGGGUACCGGAGGAAGAUCGUGAAGAUCCGUAUUCCUGCAAUCUUCUCAACCUCACAGAGACCCCGGACUCCGCUCAAGAGAUGGCUAUACUGAGCGUGCCCGAGGACUCUGCGCUGGUGCCGUCUGAUGUGUCUGCGCUCAGUCUGGACUUUAAAGUCCUUCAUCCUGUGGUCAUCACUCAGCUCGGUGUCUUUCUCAACACUCCGCAGCAGGACUUCAGGGGAAAUGUGACUGUGCGACUCUUUCAGGUGGAUCAAGAGGAGGCCGUCGUGUCGGCUCGCUUCAGCACCGGCAGUCCUGGCACUCGUGUGGGCAGCAUCUUCUAUAAACCUGUGGAGCAGUUCAUUUUACCCAAGGGUUUUGAGGGAACUCUUCUCUGGCAGUGUCAGGACUUGUCCGGUCUGAUGUCUGUCAACACAUCAACGGUUAAUCUCAUGACAGGCGGAGGGGUUCUCAAGUUUGGAUCUGUAGAAGCGGGUACGCUGCCUCACAGGACUGCUCUGGGUUUCCCGGGUUUAGCUGGAGGAUUUAUGUUUUCAGUUUACGACAUGCAGGCGUUGUCAGAGCUGUUGCGUGGGCGAGCGGGACGGCAGCACAUGCGUUCAGUUGAGUUGAGAGAGGAGGAUGUGGCUCUGCGUCAGGAGAGCAUCACAUAUGGUGAUAUGGUGUUUGUGGAUGUUGUGGACACGUACAGGAAUGUGCCUUUAAAACUACUGCAGUUCUACAAGUGGUCAGUGGCAAACGCAGACUUCAGACUUCUGCUGAAGACCGAUGAUGACUGCUACAUCGACAUCGACGCCGUCUUGCUGAAAACAGACCACAGACGACUGACACAGAGAAGUCUGUGGUGGGGAAAUUUCAGGCAGAAUUGGGCCGUUGAUCGUGUGGGGAAAUGGCAGGAGCUGGAGUACUCGAGUCCUGCAUACCCAGCGUUCUCCUGUGGCUCUGGAUAUGUGGUGUCUAGAGAUCUGGUGGAGUGGUUGGCCAAAAACGCUGACCAUCUGAAAGCUUACCAGGGGGAGGAUGUGAGUAUGGGCAUUUGGAUGUCCGCCAUCGGGCCCCACAAAUAUCAGGACUCAGGAUGGUUGUGUGAGAAGGAAUGUUAUGUUGAUAUGUUAUCAUCUCCACAACGCUCCGCUCAAGAACUGCUCUCGCUCUGGGACCGGAAGAGGAAGUGCGGGGACCCCUGUGGCUGUGCCUGGGAGAACAGCUGACGGGACGCGUCACGCCCGUCUCACCGCUGCAUGUUUCACCAGAAGCACUUUUGUGUGGAGUCAGAUGUCUGGUCUGGACGACUGGUCUGUUCGUUUGCUGUUUCUGUGAAGUCCAGUGCGUCCAGUGCUUGUGCUUUCAUGCGGGACCGUUUCAUCACAAGUGAACACUAGUCAACACAAGACACUAAUAAAAUUCAUAAACCUUG